CGAUGCAUCGCCACCUCUAAUAGAAACGCAAUUAAACAUAUUGCAUUGUUUUGCGUAAAUAAAAGUAAGUUUCGCAGGCAAUGGCCUCGAAUCAGCAAAUCAAUACGCAGCUAAGCAAAAAGCUAUCCUGGCUGUUGCGGCACGGUGCGAAAACGGAGGGAAUCACGAUCCGUGCUGAUGGAUUUGUUAGCGUUCCCGAUUUGCAGAAGCACCCACGCUACUUGUGCUUCACCUUAGAAAAACUGAAGGAGAUUGCCGCCGCGGAUGCCAAGCAACGAUAUACUCUUCGCUGGAAUCCAGAACUCGGAGUCCAUGAGAUUCGCGCCAAUCAGGGACACUCAUUGGCGGUGCUGGAAGGCGAAGCUGGCGGUCUCGAGAAUAUUACCCAUGUGAGCCAGGUACCCCUGGCAGUUCAUGGCACCUAUUACAGACAUUGGGGGGCAAUUAGAAGCCAAGGGCUAAGUAGGAUGAACCGCAACCAUGUGCACUUUGCAUGCAGCGAUGAGACCAAUUCCACUCUGAGUGGAUUCCGCAGCGAUUGCCAGAUUUUGAUAUAUCUAAACGUGGAAAAGGUGCUGGCGGACGGCAUACCCAUCUAUCGAUCCAGCAAUAAUGUACUGCUCUGUCCGGGAAUUGAAGGCUUCAUACAUAGUUCCUACUUUCAGCGUGUAGUGGACAAGAAAACGGGGCAACCCUUACAAAUUGAUCAUUGUUAUUGAAUAGAAUAAACCUGGCCGUUAAGCAGUAAUUAAAACGAUUUUUUACAGAAAUGCCGGCCCCUGCCUCGGAAUCAACUUCUCCGCCUGGGGAUGGUGACGGUAAUCUUGUGCUUUGCAUGGUAUGCGCUGCUCCCUUCCGGAGUAUGCAGGAUUGCCUUGCCCACGAGCUGAUCAAGCACGCCAGCAAGCCACAAAAGCAACUGCGACAGCGAUUGAACGCCAUUACCAAGCUAUUUAACAGCGCACAAAGCCAAUCCGAGCGUCAAGAGCUGCGGGAGGCUCUCGAAUGGUCCGAGUCCGGCGGGCACUUGUGCACCGUAUUGAAUUUCUUUGCUUGUGAUCUCGAAAAUAUGAAAACCUGCUUCGGGCACGUCCGGAACUGCAUAGAGAAGGAGAUGAGGGGCAGGGUUAGGGUGUUCCCCUUUGGUUCACUGGUUACGGGUUUAGCACUGAAGGAGAGCGACAUCGAUUUGUUUCUGGAGCCCAACGGCAACCAGCCACCAUUGUUCCAUAAUCAGCUAUACAACAAGACCUCACACUUUUUACGAAGAUCCAAAUGCUUUGCGGAUGUCUUCACCAUUCGUCAUGCCAGCGUGCCCAUCAUUAGAUGUAAGCAUCAGCUCACCGGACUCAACAUAGACAUCAAUAUGUCAAAUCCGAAUAGCAUAUAUAACUCCCGAUUUGUGGGCGAACUGAUGUUUCGCAAUGAGCGGAUACGCGAGCUCUGCCUGUUUUUGAAAAUUUGGGCCAAGAAGCUAAAAUUGAUUAGUCAUGGCGGCAUGACAAGCUAUUGCUUAAUAUCCUUGAUCAUCGUUAACUUGCAAGUGAAUCGACUAGUGCCCUCCGUCAAAGAGCUCCAGUCACUCUGUCCACCGGUUAUUUUGUCGGGCGUUAACUAUGCCUACAGCCUGGACCUAACGCCGCCGAUCCCAGCACGGCUCACCACGCUGGAUUUACUUAAAAACUUCUUCAUAUACUACUGCACUGUCAACUUUGACAAAAGUGUAUUGAGUCCGUUUCUGGGCGGCUGUGUGGACAAGGAGACAACACUGGGCAUGCCGGGAGGUUUUCCCGAGUACGAUGAGCAACAAAAGCUCGUGCAUGAUGCAAUAGGUGCGCCGCCAGACGCUUUCCAGCUGGAUAGGGCCAUGUGCGUACAGGAUCCCUUCGAGCUCAGUCGCAACGUGGCCAAAUCAGUGUCCAUUUCAAAUUUAUGUUACUUUAGACAAUGCCUAGUCCUGGCAGCUCAAGCGUGCAGCGAUCAGGAACUAACUUCGCAACCAGAGAAGCUAUACGACUACCUAUUAUUUGGCCUGGCGGAUAAGUUAGUAGCCGACAAAAUAGUGGCAGAUAAAAGAUCAGAAAGGGCUACGCCGCGAAAGCAACAAAAAAUUGAAAACGCCCAUGUGCAACCGCCAAUCGUCGAUGAGACACAAGAAACAAAAGUCGCCGAAGUCGGAGUUUGUGGGACACCGCCCUUAGUGCGAUCACACGUCAUCACGCCCACCACAAACGAUGUCAAAUGCCUGCGCUCCAUUGUGCUGGUCAAGAACACGGAGAACGAUCAGAGCAUAUAUUACUACUGGUUGAUCUGCUACGUGGACACUAUAAAGGAUGUGCUAACUCAACUGUAUGCUUUGAAUGUGGAACUUAAAGAAUCGAAGGAGCCGAAACACUACAAGUGGCUAAUCAGCAUUUCUUACGACACUUGGACAGGACGCUCUUUCCAACGUGGCGCCGGUCAAUCUUUCUUCGCCCACCAGUUGCAGCAGACGAUUGAGUUUACGAAGACGAGAAUGGGAAAUCCGCAGUACGCAGUCAAUUUGCGCGGCUAUUUCACGCUGCAGGCCAGCGAGGAUUACAAAGAGUUGCGCCUGGAUGUGCAGCCUCUUCAAGGAGAUCUCCUCGGACUGCAGCGCAAUAGUCCGCUAACAAGGCUUUUUAAGGCGUUUAAGAAUCUCCUGGGCAACUAUAGUUUCAAAGAGAAGGUCAGCACCUGGAAGUUUUGCGCCACAACUGACCAAAUAUGAAUAUCAACAUGUCAUGCUUUAUGUACAUACUUUUUGAAUUCAAUGGCAAAUUGAAAACACACCUUAAUGACAUUAUUAACAUUAUUUUAUUUGAAUGUACAAUAUCACUAUAGGCUAAACUAAUACCUUAAAUUAUAAGUGUAACGACGACUAAUCAUAUGUAAAGUUGACUAAACGAUUUCUUGGCAAAAGUCUCUUGGAGCAGGGAGAAAUUAUUUACAAGGGCGACAACAAAGCUUAUCUAAAUCAUUUACAAGUGUGUGUCUGAAACUCCCCAAGAAUAAUAAAGAGGUUAUAAUUGUGUAAAGU